CCAAGAAAGAAAGCAAGAAAAACCCAAAAAAAAGAUUUUUUUUAAAAAAAAUGGUUUCUCUACACCCUCUUCAAGUUUUCUCCACAAAGUCAUCACCACCAUCUUCAACCUUAAGCUCCAUGAAAAUCAAAACCCUAAUUCACACUCUCAUCAUCUCACACGUGAGUCGGAUGGUUCGAGCUCUUUCUAAAGCAAAAACAAUUCUUGCUCAGAUUCUCAAAGAAAACCAACCUGUGAACUUCAUUCUUUACCCCAAGAAAAGAAAGCAAAAACAAAGAAACAUAUUCUUUGGAUCAUUUAGGUUACACUAUAAUUGGUGUAAUACUUCUUCACAUGUAUUGCCUGUUCCAACUACUGAACCGCAUUUAUACUAUGACUCUACAUGGAACUCCAUCAUUACUACAAGUGAUGAUCUCUGCAAUGAGUCUCAGCUUUCAGGGUAUCUUCAAUGGCUUGAAGAUCAAAAGGUGAUCAAAGAAAACACUGAUGGAGAUCAAGAAAAUGUUAAUGAGAUCGAUCAGUUAGCAGAUAUGUUUAUCGCAACUUGCCAUGAAAAAUUCAGGUUGGAGAAGCAAGAGUCUUACAGGAGAUUUCAAGAAAUGAUGGCUAGAAGCAUUUGAUGAAUAUUGUGAAUUAAUUUAUGUGGUGGGUUUUCUUUUUUUUCCUUUUUAGCUUUCCCAUUCUUCUAUAUGUGUUAAAUACAUUGGUGGGGUGAGGAAAGUACAUAUGGGAUUGAUCAAUUGAGGGUAGUUUGGAUUUUAUUUUGAAAGUAUGGGAAUCUAGAGAAUUGUACAUGAGUGGGGGAUUAAUUUUGGAUGAGGAGGGAAAAUUUGUGCAAUUCUUCUCUUGAAAUGGUAAUACUUACAACUUCAAAGAGCAUUAUUAAUGGUGGAAUUGAAGUGUGUUCUUUUUUUUUUU